CGCGGCGGCGGCGGGGGUGGCGGCGGCGGCGAAGGGGCUUUUUACCCGCAGUUGCCCAGCUGCGGCUGCCGCUGCGGGAUGGUGUAGCUGGGCGUCCGGCCAGGCGGCAGGGCGCGGGCCGGGCCAAGGCGGCCUGGAGGGCCGACGCCGCCUGACGAGCUCGGGUACAGGGGCAGCACGCUGAGGGGGCGUCGCCGCCGCCGGCCCCCGGCGCCGCCGCGGGAGGCCGCGCCCGCCAUGGCGGCCCGGGCGGUACUGGACGAGUUCACGGCGCCCGCCGAGAAGGCGGCGCUGCUGGAACGGAGACGCGGCCGCAUCGAGGGCCUGUUCGGCGUGAGCCUGGCCGUGCUUGGCGCGCUCGGGGCUGAGGAACCGCUCCCUGCGCGCAUCUGGCUGCAGCUUCGCGGGGCGCAAGAGGCGGUGCACAGCGCUAAGGAAUAUAUUAAAGGAAUCUGUGAACCCGAACUAGAAGAAAGAGAAUGUUACCCCAAGGCCAUGCACUGCAUUUUUGUUGGGGCACAGAGCCUGUUUCUGAAGAGCUUGAUUCAGGACACCUGUGCCGAUCUCUGCAUUCUCGACAUCGGUCUUCUUGGCAUCAGAGGAAGUGCCGAAGCUGUGGUCAUGGCUAGGAGUCACAUUCAGCAGUUUGUAAAGCUCUUCGAGAAUAAUGAGAACCUACCCAACAGCCAAAAAGAAUCAGAGGUAAAAAGGGAAUUUAAACAAUUUGUUGAAGCUCGUGCAGACAGUUACACAAUGGACUUGUUGAUUUUACCCACUUCCUUGAAAAAAGAACUUUUGGCACUCACCCAAGGUGAGGAGAAUCUAUUUGAAACAGGAGAUGAUGACGUAAUUGAAAUUAGAGAUUCUAAACAAACAGAGUUUACACAGAAUGCUGCCACAGGGCUGAAUAUUUCCAGAGAUGAAAUUGUUUUGCAGGAAGAGGCAAGAAAUAAAGCUGGGACUCCUGUUUCUGAGCUUACAAAACAAAUGGACACAGUCUUUUCUAGUUCACAGGAUGUACUUUUUGUUCCAAUAAAUGGUGUAAUGCCAGAUGAAGAGGCGCUUUCCAAAGACAGAGUGUGUCACAAAAGGAGGUUUUCUGAUUCUGAAGAAAGGCAUACCAAGAAACAGUUUUCUUUGGAAAAUGUUCAAGAGGGAGAGCUUUUACAUGAUGGUAAGACAUUAGCUGGAAGUGUCAUCAUUGACCUAUCUGAUUCUUCUACUGAUGCUGAAAAUUUAAGUCCAGAUGUAAAAGACACUACUGAGGAAAUGGAAUACAACAUCCUUGUAAACUUUUUUAAAACCAUGGGCUAUUCCCAAGAAAUUGUAGAAAAGGUCAUUAGGGAGUAUGGGCCGUCUACUGAACCAUUAUUACUCUUGGAGGAAAUUGAAAAGGAAAAUAAAAGAUUCCAAGAAGACAGAGAAUUUCCACCUGGUACUGUGUAUCCAGAGACCAAGAGAACCAAAAAUAAAGGUGUUUGUAGCAGCAUAAAUGAGCUUACAGCAGAUUCCACUCCAAAGAAAACACAGACUCACACACAGCAAAAUAUGGUAGAAAAUUUUUCUCAGUUACCAUUCAAAGUAGAAUCGAAACCAUGUACCUCAAAUUGCAAAAUUAAUACUUUCAGAACAGUGCCAAUAGAACAGAAACAAGAAAUCUGGAGUUCAAAUCAGAGCUACCUUUGUAAUAUGGACCUUGAAACUGAUGGCCUUUUACCCUCUCUAGCCCCUUCAAGUCCCAAAGAAAUUGUCAGUUUUGUUUCAAGAGGAGCUUCAAGUCACCAGCCCAGAAUUCCAGUUUUUCCUGAAAAUGGUGUGCAGCAGCAAGCAGAACCCUUGCUUCCAAAUAAUAUGAAGUCUGCCUGUGAAAACCGCUCGAGGUGUUGUGCCUCUCCUCAGUCUAAGCCAAAUUGUCCACCCCUUUCUCCACCAAUGCCGCUGCCCCAACUGUUACCUUCAGUUACUGAUGCAAGAUUGGCAGGACCUUCUGAGCACAUCGAUUCCUCAGUUACUGGGGUUCAAAGAUUUCGAGAUACUCUGAAAGUGCCCUACAAGCUGGAAUUAAAAAAUGAACCAGGGAGGACGGAUUUGAAGCACAUUGUUAUAGAUGGGAGCAAUGUUGCAAUUACCCAUGGUCUGAAAAAGUUCUUUUCUUGUCGUGGAAUUGCGAUUGCGGUUGAAUAUUUUUGGAAGCUUGGCAACAGAAACAUCACUGUAUUUGUCCCGCAGUGGAGAACAAGGCGUGAUCCUAAUGUCACAGAACAGCACUUCUUAACCCAGCUCCAGGAGCUCGGAAUAUUAUCUUUAACUCCUGCACGGAUGGUCUUUGGAGAAAGAAUUGCUUCUCAUGAUGACAGGUUUCUACUACACUUAGCGGACAAAACUGGUGGCAUAAUUGUAACAAAUGAUAACUUCAGAGAAUUUGUGACUGAGUCAGCCUCUUGGAGAGAAAUAAUUACAAAAAGAUUGCUCCAGUAUACCUUUGUGGGGGACAUAUUUAUGGUCCCUGAUGAUCCUCUGGGAAGAAGUGGACCUCGAUUAGAAGAAUUUCUUCGGAAGGAAGUCUUCCUUAGAGAUAUGCAGCCCCUACUCAAUGCCCUGCCAAAUGUGGGCAUGUUUGACCCCAACUUCAGAGUCCCUGGCACCCAGGCAGCCAGCACCGGCCACCAGCCUCCAGCCCGGAUUCAGGGCACCCCACCCAGCCACUGGCUUCCUCAGCAGCCCCGCUUCCCACUUUUGCCAAACCUUCCCAACAUCCAGCAGAAUCUGCCCAUGCCAGCACAGAGAUCUUCUGCGGAAACCAACGAGCUAAGGGAAGCCCUUCUGAAGAUCUUCCCUGACUCAGAGCAAAGACUGAAAAUCGACCAGAUCUUGGCAGCUCAUCCAUACAUGAAAGACCUGAACGCGCUUUCCGCCAUGGUGUUGGACUGAAGGCCGUCGGGAACUGGGGCUCCGGGCUGAAGAUGCACUCAGUCUAGUAUCUGCACGUGGCAGCAGGAAGUGACAAAAUGUGAAGAAACCAAUUUCCCAGUGGAAAUGCUGUUGUAGUGUAUAGAAAAAAAACAGAUGUUUUGUGUAUAAAAAAAUCUGGGUUUUCAAAACCAGCUUUUUUCUAUAUAUAAAUUAUGCUGCUAUUACAGAUUUAACAUUUUCUGUAAAAGGAAAGUCUACAUUUUCUGCCUGUUCAGAACUGUUUAAUAGCAGUUACUCUUGAGUGUACUUACAUUUUUAUGUUUUUUAAACUAUUUUCCUUAACGCUGAAAAUAUUGACAAAUGGAUAUGAUUAGCCUUUCUAAAUAAAAAAAGAGUUGCUUUCUUAGGGAAGGCAA